GCUGGUGCCAUUCGACUCCGGGUUUGAUGCGGCGAUGAAGUCCUCGGUGACCACUAGCUUACUGUAGUCAUCCCUCAGAGCUGCUUUACCGCUCAACUUUUAAUAACCGCUGUGCGUGCAGUCUGCUGAGUAUCCAGAGAACAAACUAGACAUUUCCCCUCAGUUUCAGCCUAAUUUUGCAUGUUAAUCCAGUCCAGACUAGACGUGUCGCGCAAAAUCCCCACCACCUUUCGUGGAUUUUUUUUUCUCCCGCAGGCAAAUAGUCUGGUUCUUUAACUGGGGAAAAAGGAAAACAAGACACACUUAGGCGGACUGUUUGCCGAACAUGACAAGAAGAUGUGGAAAUAGGUAUGCAUCGACUGAUAAUGAGGAUUGUCGCUGUCACUAACAGAUAUGCAGUGAGGUGCCGUGGUUGCGGAUUCAGCCUGCACGGCCAUCUAGCUGAGGGGGAGAUUUUGGGAGAAGUCGUGUGGAGCACAAAGAGCUGGUUAAAGCCGAGGACACAACAAGUUUCAACCAUGCACCCCUUGUGCUGACCGAGAACUGAGGUGGGAGAGGAGCUGCAGCAGUGUUUGUUUGUUUCUGACCAGACUUUCACCACAACACAAAGUUGGACAAUUCGGAGAAGUUUCCAGUCACUUUUUAUUUAAAGUGCCGGAACCCGACUAAUUAGACGUGCUUUAUAAUCUCUAUAGACUGAUAACCGCAUUUAGCAGCCGAAGUGUGAGGCUCUCUGAACUGAAGUCUACUUUAAAUGCGGACUGGUUUGCGGUCAGUGAGUGCACCGCCGAGCUGCCACAGCCACUUGAUUUUUUAAUUCAAGGCAAAUCAGAAGUCGGUUCUUUUUUACCAUUUAGUAGUAACAGCAAUAUGGAGCUGACAUACAGGAGCAUUGUCCUGCUGGGGAGCAUCUUCCUGGACUGGGCUCUUCUGGCUUCUGCAGAGGAAGAGGUCCUGAUGAACACUAAGACAGAGACGUCUGAUCUCAAAUGGACCAUCUUCUCAAAUGCCAAACCCGAGUGGGAGGAAGUAAGCGGUUUAGAUGAGGAGAACAACAGCGUGAGGAUCUAUCAGAUCUGUCAGACUGACAGCUCAUCCAGCCAUUGGCUGCGCAGUGGCUUCAUCCAGCGACGAGGAGCAUCUCAGGUUUACGUGGAACUGCGAUUCACCAUGAUGGAGUGUUCAUCCAGGAGCACCCACCAACGCAGCUGUAAGGAGACCUUUAACCUCUACUACUACCAGGCAGACUCCAACGAGGCCACUUCCACUUACCCACCCUGGAUGGAGAACCCAUAUAUCAAGGUGGACACAGUGGCUGCAGACUUUCUACUAAGGAAGGGCGGGGAGCGGAAAUUUAAUGUGAAGACCUUAAGAAUCGGCCCUCUAUCUAAGAGAGGCUUCUACUUGGCCUUUCAGGCUCAGGCCGUCCACAUGGCCCUGUUGUCUGUCAGGGUGUUCUUCAAGAAGUGCCCCCCCCUGGUCAGUGCUCUUUCCUCUUUCCCCGAAACUGUUCCCCGCACUCUGGUGCAAGAGGCGCAGGGUGUGUGUGUGGAGCAUGCCGCCCAGCAGGGGCCCCGACCUCGUGCACCUAAGCUGUUCUGCGGGGAAGAUGGCCAGUGGGUGGGUCAGCCAACAACCACCUGCGCCUGCGUAUCAGGAUUUGAGCCCGCCGAAGGACACACAAGAUGCACAGCCUGUCCUGUGGGUCAGUUCAAGCCGGGCGCCGAGGGACAGUGUACAGGCUGUCCAGGAUUCAGCCACGCCACCAUCAGGGGGGCGUCAGUGUGUGCAUGUCGUUCUGGAUACUUGCGUGCAGAAUCUGAUGCCCCGGACACCCCAUGCACUAGACCUCCCUCUGCCCCGCGCAGCAUCGUCACCCAUAUCAAUGACACCACGCUCAGUCUGGAGUGGAACGAGCCUCUGGACAACGGCGGCAGAACAGACCUGAGCUACGCUGUCAGGUGCUCUGUGUGCAGGACACCCAAGGGGCCGUGCCUCCCCUGCGGCGACAGCGUCACCUACCGGCCCGAGCAGCACGGCCUGCUGGGUCGCAGGCUGGAGGUGUGGGGUCUGCUGCCUCACACCACAUACACCUUCACUAUCCAGGCCCUCAACGGGGUAUCUCAGCUCAGCGGCAAGGACCCUGCCAGUGAAAGUGUCAACAUCACCACAAGCCAUGACGUGCCAUCGCUGGUGUCUGCUAUUCGGAAGAGUGAGUCCACAGAGAGCAGUCUGACUCUGCACUGGUCAGUCUCUGCUCAGCCACAUUACACCAUCCUGCAGUACCAGCUACGCUACUGUGAGAAGGAGCGACGUAGUGAAGAUCAGUGCCACUACACAGAGAGUAACAGAAACCAGGCUGUGCUGACAGACCUCCGCAGGGCCACUCAGUAUGAAGUGCAGGUUCGGGCGCGCACCAUGGCCGGUUAUGGCAGCUUCAGUCGUGCUGCCAUCUUCCGCACCCUUCCUGAUGGACAAGACUCUGCCUCCCAGUUCUUGCUGCCCGGCAUCCUUAUCGCUGUUGGGAUGCUGCUGCUUGUCACUUUCGUCUUUGUGGCCGCCUACUGCAUACGGAGACACAGCCGAGUAAAGGAUCCAGAACUGAGCGACAAAAACAACCAGUACCUUGUUGGCCAAGGGGUCAAGGUUUAUAUCGACCCUUUCACCUAUGAGGACCCAAAUGAGGCCGUGCGAGAAUUUGCCAAGGAAAUCGAUGUUUCCUUUGUCAAGAUUGAGGAGGUUAUCGGUGCUGGAGAGUUUGGGGAGGUGUGUCGAGGACGGCUGAAGAUCCCCGGGAAAAAAGAAAACUACGUAGCAAUAAAGACACUAAAGGGAGGCUACACCGAUAAGCAGAGACGGGACUUCCUGUCUGAAGCGUCCAUCAUGGGCCAAUUCCAGCACCCCAACAUCAUCCACUUGGAGGGGAUCAUCACGGCCAGCUGUCCAGUCAUGAUCCUCACAGAGUUUAUGGAGAACGGAGCUCUGGACUCAUUUCUACGGCUGAAUGACAGUCAGUUCACACCCAUCCAGCUGGUGGGUAUGCUGCGCGGCAUCGCCUCCGGCAUGAAGUACCUGGCAGAGAUGAGCUACGUCCACCGAGACCUGGCUGCCCGUAACAUCCUGAUCAACAGCAACCUGGUGUGCAAGGUGUCCGACUUUGGCUUGUCACGCUUCCUGCAGGAGAACUCCUCUGACCCGACGUACACCAGCUCUCUGGGAGGUAAGAUCCCAAUCCGCUGGACAGCACCAGAGGCGAUAGCCUUCAGAAAGUUUACAUCCGCCUCAGAUGUGUGGAGCUAUGGCAUUGUCAUGUGGGAGGUGAUGUCUUUUGGAGAGAGGCCGUACUGGGACAUGAGCAACCAGGAUGUAAUCAAUGCCAUAGAGCAGGACUACCGGCUGCCCCCGCCCCCUGACUGCCCCACCCACCUGCACCAGCUGAUGCUGGACUGCUGGCAGAAGGACCGCUCGGCACGUCCUCGCUUCGCGGACCUCGUCAGCGCUCUGGACAAGCUGAUCCGCAACCCUGCGUCGCUGAAAAUAGUUGCUCAAGAAGGAGCAGGGCCUUCCUACCCCCUGCUGGACCAGCGAGCACCUUUAGCCCUCUCAUCGUGUGCUUCUGUUGGGGAAUGGCUGAGGGCCAUCAAGAUGGAGCGCUACGAGGACAGCUUCCUGCAGGCCGGCUUCAACUCGGUGGACCAGCUGGCACAGAUCACCACACAGGAUCUGCUGCACAUGGGAGUGACUUUGGCCGGGCAUCAGAGGAAAAUCCUUUCCAGCAUCCAGACAAUGACCUUUCGGAACAAGAGCACUGCAACUGUGACCUUCUAGCUCGCCUGUCUCCUAACCUGGAACACCAGCGCACAGGUGCAGCCAUGUACUGUGAGCACUCUGGGUCCUUUUCCUGUGACCCACUUUGAUGACGGACUCCAAGAGAGAUUUUCAGAUUUGAUUCGUCGCCACAAGAAAAUUGAGAGUUGUCCCCACAGCUGUCUCCCACGUGACCAGGGGAGGAAGUUGACAUUGUUUGGACCGACUACUUUUUAAAGUUUGUGUUCAGUGUUUUUAUAUCUACCCGAGGUUAGGACCCAAUAAAUGUGCUAAACCAAGAGGAGAGACGGAUCAGAGUUUACAAAGUUUCUGUACUAUGUCAUUUUGAAAACUGGCAGUUGACUGGUUUGUUGUCCCAAUAAAAAGUCACUUCACCAAUGGAGACAAAAGGAAAAGCCAGUGGCAAUCCAAGGAUUUCAGUUCCCAUAUUGUUGAGUAGUUAUAAAUGAGCACUACUUUCACCCUGGGUGUCUUGCAUAAAAUCCAUCUGGAUGACAUUACUACAGAGACAAUUUUUACAUCGAGACAUUUUAACUGUCAGAUUUUCGCCCCCCCAAUCAUUUGAUUUCAACGUUAUCUCCUUUUUACUCAGGUGUGAUGUGUAUUGCAGACUUGGGAGAGCGUUGUACUCGACCUAAUAAGAAUUCUGUCAUACUCCCCAGUCUGACUUUCCCCUCACCAUCUCCACAACAUGUGAGGAGAAGAGAGACUCCGAGACAUAUCGGCACUUUUGUCAUUUCAGACUGAAUUGUAAUCUUCAGUAACUCAAUGUGUUUCUCCUUGAGUGUGGUUGGUUGUUUCUACUGCCUGUGUUUCUGCUGGCAGCUCAGUUUAAUUAUACUCUGAACAAGGACCAAGUGGACUCAGAGACCAGAGAACACUGUAGAAUUGGUUUUCUCAGUAGAAAUUUACCAAGGAAGCUAUCUCACCUUGAACGUUUUUCUUGAUAUAACUGAUACAUUUUUAAUUCUCUGUAUUCGCCAUCUUUCAGUGCCAUUCAGUCGUGGACUUAAAUGCCAAUUUUAUAAAGCAGAAAUCUCUCAUGAGGGGUUACUGUCUCAUUUAAAUGUACCUUAAAGGGUUACCAUGACAUUUUGAGGUUGAGUGUAUUAUUUUCCGUCAUCAGCUGCUGGUUGUGUAGUUGGCAAAUUAUUCCUGCCUUUGCCUCAAAGCUGCACAUAAAUAGUUUCUUAACAUUUAUCCCUGGAAACUAUGUACAGCUAUCAGUUAAGCUAACAGACUAGUUUGCAGCCAGCAGUAAGCAUUGUUUUCUGCUGAGUUUUGCUAACAACAUUGUUGAGUUGCUGUUUGAUUAUCAUCGCAGCCCCCCUUACUUUUUAAGUUUAGUAUGUUAUUUACUUUCAUCAAAUGCUGGAUUAUGUGGUCAGCAAAAUGUUUCUGCUUUUACCCCAAACCUCCACAAAAUAAUUUCUUAACAUUUAGCAUGGAAAACAAUGUGCAGCUACCAGCUAACAGGCGAGAUUGUAGCCAGUAGUAUCCAUUGGUUUCAGGGUGGAAUGCGAAUAAUACCUUUGAGCUGCUGUUUGAUUAGCAGAGUAUCCCCCCACACACAUUAUUACAAGUGCUUGUUUAAGAAGAAUAACAAACUGGAGUUCAAAAUGUCAAAGUACUGCUCGAAGACUUUGCAUCUCUUGAAGGAUAAUACCAGCCUUUUUAGGUCGUAAUUUUCAGAGUAGCUCACAGACCUGCCAUGAAUCAGGAAAAUAGAGCUUAAACAGCUUCUAAAACAUACCCAAACAACUUUGUUGAAUAUGAAAUGUAUAGUAUCACUUUUUCUAAAUGGUUUUACCUUUGUGCCACAGUGCACUUUUAUGAAAGAAUGUCUUUAUGAGUUGGUCUUUUUUUUUAUUUGUCAAAUGACAAUUUGGAUGUGCAUCACAAAACAUUACCUUUCCUGCUAAGUGACGCCAGUGGAGCAGAUUUUUGCUAACAGCUCCUUUGACAUUAACAUUUCGAUAUGUGAUAAUUAACAUAUAUUCAAGUCUGGUUAAUGUACACCAAAAAUAAGCGGUGGUGAUGGCCACACAUUUCCAUUGAUUGUGCCAGCACUUGAGAAAGACCAAGGGUGGUGAAAACGUCGGUGACCAUAAAAAUCAUAUUUUUCAGAAUGUGUUAGGCCUUCAUCAAAAACACUUGUAUUGUUAUGCAAGAGUCUGAGAGAUUUCUUUCAGGAUUAUGGGAAAUGUGGUCUUCAUAUUGAAGAUCUCAAUAAAAUCAACUUUGAAAUAAUGAAUAGAUAAAGUAUGUUUUGAUUACUGUUCUGUGUGUAGGCUAAUCUGUAUUCAGUAUUCAUAAUAAAGAUGCACACCAGUGUUUACCA